AUGCCGAAAGCACAGAGUAUCUCUCUUUCCAGAUCCUGCCAUGCCUGCGCCAAGGCUAAGCGGCGCUGCAAGGCCGGAUUACCGAAAUGUGAACGAUGUCUUGACAAAGGCCUGGAGUGCUCAUAUGCGAACCAGCCAUUGGUCUCGAUCGUCAGGCAUCAGCCGCAAUUCUUACGCGGCAAGUCUAAGAUUCGUAAAGCAGCUGGAGACUGCCUACAAAUCGGAACUUGUAGAAGAUUAUCGUUACGCGAUAUGGAAUUCUUCUACUUCUCCCAAAUGAGGGCACCUUCGUACCUUGUUCAGCAGUGGUGCUAUUCAGGACUCACGGGCGCCGACCUGGCCAUCUACGAACCUCCGUUGCCUGUUAUAGAAUGGAGAAAAGACCUCGCGACCGUUUACUAUUUAGCGACCCAUCUGAAAGCUUUCCCACUGACAUUUUCCCGCGAAGGAAAAACUCUCUUCAUUCACUCGUCGUUAUACAGCCAGAGUCUACCAAAGCAGAUCAAAGACGCGUAUGGUGUCUGUCGAUUGUAUUCACUCUCAAUAGAAACCAAUGGACUAUUUUGUUUCCAAACUCUGCACAAAAAGGUUGAUGAAAUCAUCAAGGAAUACCCGACGCUAUGCUCAUUUAGCGAUCUUUUAGCUUCGCUUCAGGCGUUAAUCCUGUAUCUGCUUAUCUGCCUUUUCGAUAAAGAUCCGCAACAGAGAAGAUUUGCAGAAGCGCAUAUGAACACUCUCAACCAGUGGACGCGCCAUGUAUGGGAACAGGCCCCAAGCGAGAUUUCAGGGAAGCUGAGCCCUUGGCAAGCGUGGGCGUUUGCCGAGAGUGUUCGUCGAAGCAUCAUAAUAUCCUACCUGAUUCGAGGUGUCUACCAUCUUACCAGAUUUGGCUACCACCCUCAUUCUAUGUUUGUUGAGACGCUGCCGUUUAGCCGCCAUACAUGGUUAUGGGAUAUUCCAUCUAGAACAGAAUGGACAUCACUGCCGCCAAAUCUUUCGCAGUCAAUCGUCUCCUACCACGAAUACACAAAUGAGUUUGCCAAUCACUUGAUUCGCCCGUAUCAUCUAUUUGAAAGGCUUCUCUUGGUUAUCCGGUUUGGAAAGGAUUCCUUCGAUCAACACGUUGGUAUUGCAUAA